AUGGAAAGAAGGACUUUGAGGCUUGAUCUAAAUGCAGAGGAUCUUUCGAAAUACAGGCAGAAGAAGAUUCUGGAAGCAGCACAAAGAAGAACGAGUCUAAAGAAGUGCCGAGGGGAUCUCCGCGAAUAUAAUAUCUCGCUAGCAGCUUUGCUAAGCGAGGACAGGACUCGCACGUCUUCUCUUUGUGAGAGGGGAAUAAUUACGGAGAGGUUCUACUCGAACCUUUUCCGUUCAUCAACUCCUAUGUCAAGCCCGAUCAUCCCCACUGGCGAAGCUCCACCACGGAUUCUCCCUUCGGAAGUACGAGUCGCUAUCAAGAGCAUGAAACCUGGCACAGCCCUUGGACGCGAUUUUAUAUCGACAGACUUUCUUCGCGCUGGUGGCCAUCCACUUCAUACCUCGCCAACCGUUCUUAUACAUAAGAAAGAUGACCGAGAAGACCUUCGGAACUACCGUCCGAUAUGCUUACUAAGGGUGUUAUACAAAGUAUUCACCACGAUCAUCCUCACGCGCAUAUCCAGGACGCUGGAUGAAGCCCAGUCUCAAGGACAAGCUGGAUUCCGUCAGAGGUUCAACUGGUUUGACCACAUCCAGGCCAUCUCGAAGUUCAUAGAGGAUUGCCGAGAAUACCGCCUGUCCCUUGUUCUAACCUUUGUCAGCUAUGAGAAAGCCUUCGACAGCGUAGAAACGAAUGUAAUACUGUCAGCGCUGGUCGAUCAAAUUGUGGACGCCUCGUAUGUGAGGACAUUAGCCAAUUGCUACGAUCGAUGCACCACUAAGAUACAGCUUUUCGGCCGCCUGCUCACCAUACCCAUUGGAAAGGGGGUACGACAAAGCGAUACUAUAUCGCCGAACCUGUUCACGGCUGCAUUGCAAUGGACAAUGAAAUCACUUUCCAUACGUGUUGAUAGAAGACUUCUCUCGAACCUUCGUUUCGCGGACGUAUACUUCGGACGUGCUAUGAACAUGGAAAACGACUUGAAUGAAGAACUGAAUAGAAGAAUGAGAGCACCACAGGCAGCAUUCGCACCCGACAGGGAAGCUACGGACCAACUGACGGAAUAG